AGGAACUUCUUCUGUGGCCGCUGGUCAUGUGACGUGCGUCUGGACGGUCAGACUGUCAUCAUCACAGGAGCUAACACUGGAAUCGGCAAAGAGACAGCCAGGGACCUGGCCAAGAGAGGUGCUCGCAUCAUCAUGGCGUGUAGAGACAUGGAGAAGGCGGAGGGCGCCAGGAAAGAGAUCACAGAAGAUUGUGGAAAUGAAAACAUUGUCGUUCACAAACUGGAUCUGUCUGACACCAAGUCUAUCAGAGAGUUCGCUGAGCUGGUUAACAAGGAGGAGAAGCAAGUCAAUAUCCUGAUCAACAACGCUGGCAUCAUGAUGUGUCCCUACUCUAAGACCAAGGACGGCUUCGAGAUGCAGUUUGGAGUCAACCACCUUGGUCACUUCCUGUUGACCUACCUGUUGGUGGACCUGAUCAAGCGCUCGGCGCCAGCCCGCAUCGUUAACGUGUCGUCAGUGGCUCACACCUGGACCAGCAUGAGACUGGAUGACAUCAACAGUGAGAAGAGCUACGACCAGGUCAAGGCCUAUGGACAGAGCAAACUGGCCAAUGUCCUCUGCACACGUUCACUGGCCAAACGACUGCAGGGCACCGGUGUGAGUGUGUUCUCCCUCCACCCGGGCGUGGUCCAGUCAGAACUAUGGAGACACCUGAACAGUCGUGUCCAGGUAGCGGUCAAGGUGUUCCGGCCGUUCACUAAGUCCUCUGUCGAGGGAGCUCAGACCUCCAUAUACUGUGCUGUGGAGCCAGGACUGGAGAAGGAAAGUGGAGGAUACUACAGCGACUGUGCGCCUGCAAGGUGCUCCAGGACAGCUUCUGAUGACGACUUGGCCCAUAAACUGUGGGAGCUGAGCUGCAAGAUGCUGGCCAUCACCUGGGAGUGA